GGAUGGAGGGCGCCGCGCGCCCUGCCCGCUGCUCGGCGUGACGCGGGCCCCGCGCCCACCAUGUCCUACCCGCAGGGCUACCUGUACCAGGCGCCCGGCUCGCUGGCGCUCUACUCGUGCCCGGCGUACGGCGCGUCGGCCCUGGCGGCGCCGCGCAGCGAGGAGCUGGCGCGCUCGGCGUCGGGCUCCGCGUUCAGCCCGUACCCGGGCUCGGCGGCCUUCACCGCGCAGGCGGCCACCGGCUUCGGCAGCCCGCUGCAGUACUCGGCCGACGCCGCCGCCGCCGCCGGCUUCCCGUCCUACAUGGGCGCGCCCUACGACGCGCACACGACCGGGAUGACGGGCGCCAUCAGCUACCACCCGUACGGCAGCGCGGCCUACCCGUACCAGCUCAACGACCCGGCGUACCGCAAGAACGCCACGCGCGACGCCACGGCCACGCUCAAGGCCUGGCUCAACGAGCACCGCAAGAACCCCUACCCCACCAAGGGCGAGAAGAUCAUGCUGGCCAUCAUCACCAAGAUGACCCUCGGGCUGCCGGCGGCCGCCGCGCCCGCCUCAUCCGGGGCGCCGCCGGGGGGCUCGCCCUACCCCGCGUCGCCGCUGCUCGGCCGCCACCUCUACUACACGUCGCCCUUCUACGGGAACUACACAAACUACGGGAACUUGAACGCGGCGCUGCAGGGCCAGGGGCUCCUGCGGUACAACGCGGCGGCCGCGGGCCCCGGGGAGGCGCUGCACGCGGCGCCCAAGGCGGCCAGCGACGCGGGCAAGGCGGGCGCGCACCCGCUCGAGCCGCACUACCGGCCCCCGGGCGGCGGCUACGAGCCCAAGAAAGAUGCCAGUGAGGGCUGCACCGUGGUCGGUGGGGGCGUCCAGCCCUACCUAUAGAGGGGCCGAGCACAGAAAUGCAAGUAGGUGUCACAAUUGCUUUGGAAAAAAAAGUCAGCAGGCCAUUCUCUCUUCCCAAGUUCAUAAAUAUACAGAUAGAAAAAGCCGCUCUCAACCCCCACCGCAUCUCGUGCCACUUGUAAAAGGAGCCACAGAGCACUCAACCCACAGACUAACGGAACAGACUUUUGUUGGAUGUACGUGAAUUUGUUGGCAUAGUAUAGCUUCCCCAAUGUAUGUGUGACUUUUGAAAACAAUCUUUUUUCUCAGGAUAUCUUGAAUUGAUCACUUCAUUGCCACGGUAUAUAUUCUAUAGGUGUGAUAGGAUUUACUGUAAAAUUUAUUUGUAAAAGAUGUACACAGUAGAAACAAAACGUGAUUGAAGAACUUGAGUACUUAAGAAGUGGAAACAAAUUUGAUAUUUAUUUUUAUAAUGAUAUAAAGCUUCUAGUAAUUUAUGCAAGUUGUAUUGCAAUGGAAUCUAAACUUUUUGUAAAUAAAUUCUGCCUGGUUUUUAUUUGAACAUUGCUGGUUAUACAAUCUUUGUUGGUUGUUUAACAAUAAUUCUUUACUAAUUUAUAUCUUAAAUUGUAAAUAAAACAGACUAGACUACAACAA